AUGGGUGAUGAACUACUUGAGGAUUUGGGAGGAGUAAAGAGAAGAAAAAUUAUGGAAGGGUAUGAUUCGGACUCCACGGGGGAUGAAGAAGGGGUGGGAGAGGAGGCGGGAAAGGCUGAAGAAGAGGUGGAAGAAGCUGAAGAAAAGGUGGAGGAAGACUUGGAAGAAGAGGUGGAAGAAGCUGAAAAUGAAAAAGAAAUAGAGGAAUUUGAAGACGAAAAACCCGUAGGCCUCAACUCAUACCUUUCAGACUCCAAAAUGGAAUCAUUUAGUAUGGAGGAAGAUGACGAAGAGGAAACAGAAUUAUGGUUGAAGAAAAUCAAAAAGAGCGAUAUAAUUAAAGCCCGGGAGGCCGAAAGUGCCAGAAAGACCCAUCAAGAAGAGCAGGAAAGAAAGAAACGAAAGCAGAAAGAAACCACAAAGACAUGGGAGCUCAUGGAAGAAUUGAUAAAGUUUUUAGAACCAGCCGAGACAUCUGAAGAAUUACUCCAACGAAAAUAUCACCAGCUGAAGAGAUCAAAGGAUAAGGCUAAACGGGAUAUACUUCAAGGGGAGAUCAGACGAUUGACGGAUGUAAUUGAGCAGAUAUCCGAUAGAGAUUAUCCAGCAGUGUAUGAAAUCAGUAGAGAGCAGUUUCUUAGGGAGUACAGAAAGGAGGCCGGGAAGGAGUGGCAACUAGCAACCGGCGGUGCUACGGGGAGACUUGCGAACCAUUCGGCCGUUGAAUGGGAGUACAGAUGGAACCUCGAUGAUGAAAUUACCUAUGGCCCGUUUGACUCAGCCACAAUGCACGGUUGGAAAGAAGAUUACUUCCAGAAUAAUGUGGCGUAUGCACGGAAGGUCGGAGCGACGCAAUUUCAGGAUGCGCGCGAAAUUGAUUACUAUGCGGACAUAAGUAAUGAUCGAUAG